AUGACCACCAAAAAGGAUCCGCCAAUGCUUUUCAGUACCCCCGAUAUCAUUACAGAGCACCAGCGCGGAUUGACCGUUCUUGGGUACCCAUUUUUCUCUCCAAAUCUGUUGUUACGAGGCGUCGAUCCUCCACAGUUUCAGCUGGUAGGAAGGGACGGUCAAACCGCAGAAAAGGGUGAAAUAAAACCUGGUGGAGGUCAAUGGCCGCUGGAUUUGAACUCCCAAAUCAGGGGCUUCAAAUGGUUUGUUUCCAUGAAUCACGCCAAUCGCUACGAAACAGACGACCAGGGCUGGACCUACAGUUGGAGAUUCCACAGCAAUCACUGGAAGGCUUCGAGAGGUUUUGUGCGUAAAAGAUUCUGGGUCCGUCUCCGCGAGAAAAGUCCCGACUUAACUCCUGCGGAGGUCGAGUCCGCCGGCGAAGGUGAGGUCGAUGCCACUAACGAAAGUCAGAAUAAUAGUGAAGAUACAGAACAACCGGAAGUGGACAUCACCGAAAAUCAAGAAGGUCAAUUGUCAGCACAUUGUGAUCCGUUUCAGGACCUGCUGGAACAGCUCUCGAAGCCAAGUAUAGAUCGACAAAAGGCUGAUUUGGUGAUGACAUAUGUGUCAAAGUUGUCAGGGCCGGAAAAAAAAAAGCUUCUGGAACCAGGCUCAGCAGGAAUGGAACAAAUUCUUGAACGGUUUCAGUUCGAAAAGGGCCAGCGGUUAUUUCUGGAUCAUCUACACAGUCAAUAA